AUGCCUCCCGGCGGCGGCGGGCCCAUGACAGACUGCGAGUACAGCCAGAUCAGCACCCACAGCUCCUCCCCCAUGGAGUCGCCCCACAAGAAGAGGAAAAUCGCGGCCCGCAGAAAAUGGGAGGUUUUCCCGGGCCGAAACAAGUUCUUUUGCAACGGGAGGAUCAUGAUGGCCCGGCAGACCGGCGUCUUCUACCUGACGCUCGUCCUCAUCCUGGUCACCAGCGGACUCUUCUUCGCCUUCGACUGUCCAUAUCUGGCCGUGAAGAUCACACCUGCAAUCCCUGUGGUGGGUGGCAUCCUAUUCUUCUUUGUGAUGGGGACUCUGCUCCGCACCAGCUUCAGUGACCCUGGUGUCCUUCCACGAGCCACACCUGAUGAAGCCGCUGACCUGGAAAGGCAAAUAGAUAUCGCAAACGGCACCAGUUCAGGGGGGUACCGCCCACCUCCCAGAACCAAAGAAGUCAUCAUCAACGGCCAGACUGUGAAACUUAAAUAUUGUUUCACCUGCAAGAUUUUCCGGCCCCCUCGUGCCUCCCAUUGUAGCCUUUGUGAUAACUGCGUAGAACGAUUUGAUCACCACUGUCCCUGGGUAGGCAACUGUGUGGGGAAAAGAAACUACAGAUUUUUUUAUAUGUUUAUUUUAUCUCUGUCUUUUCUGACAGUCUUUAUAUUUGCAUUCGUUAUCACCCACGUCAUUCUUCGUUCCCAACAAACAGGAUUCCUAAAUGCUCUUAAGGACAGCCCCGCGAGUGUGCUGGAGGCCGUGGUGUGCUUCUUCUCAGUCUGGUCUAUCGUUGGUCUCUCAGGUUUCCACACGUACUUGAUCAGCUCCAACCAGACAACAAAUGAAGAUAUUAAAGGAUCUUGGUCAAAUAAAAGAGGUAAAGAAAAUUACAAUCCCUACAGCUACGGAAAUAUCUUUACAAAUUGCUGCGCUGCCCUGUGUGGGCCCAUCUCUCCCAGCCUGAUUGACAGACGAGGGUACAUCCAGCCGGACACACCGCAGCCAGCAGCACCCUCCAACGGCAUCACCAUGUAUGGAGCCACUCAGUCACAGACCAACAUGUGUGACCAAGACCAGUGCAUUCAGAGCACCAAAUUCGUUUUGCAGGCCGCGGCCACGCCCCUGCUGCAGAGCGAGCCCAGCCUCACCAGCGACGAGCUGCACCUGCCGGGGAAGGCCAGCUUGGGCACGCCGUGCACCAGCCUGACGCUGGGCCAGCCCACGCCGCCCUCCUCCAUGCCCAACCUCUCCUCGGAGGCCGCGCUCACGGAUGUGCUGCCGCUGAAGGAGGAGCACGUGGGCCACCAAUUCCUGACGCCUGAGGAGGCACCCUCCCCGCCCCAGAUGCUGGCGGCAGGCAGCCCCCUGGCCCACAGCCGCACCAUGCACACACUGGGCCUGGCCAGCCAGGACUCUUUGCACGAGGACUCUGUGCGCGGCCUGGUCAAGCUCAGCUCCGUGUGACCCUCUCUCACCUCCGCUCCGGAGUGACAGGCGGAGGAUGAAAGCAGAGGGAUGGUGUGCCCAGUGAUGCUGCUGUGACUACAAGCUAAGACUCCCACCUGCCGGGUGCAGGUGACCACUCCAGGUCCUGGGGUGAAAGUGACCACUUCAAGAGUAAACAGAUCUAGGUCUGAUGGCAGGGGGCGAGGGAGCCAGGACCCAGAUGCUUCUCACAGGUUUGUUGGAUUGGAAUUUUCUUCCCCACCCUGACCGCUUUGGUAAGAAUGAAAAUAGAGAAGAAGCUAUUUUCAGGCGUUUUGGAUAUGAAGGGUGGGCAGAGGGAGGGCGGCGCCUCCCGCGGGCAGAAUCCACAUCUGGAAAUUAUGCUGUCUGGCCGCUGCUCUUGUGACACAGCACGCAAGGUUUACGACGACGUGUAGCCAGAUGGAAAUGCACUUAAGUGUUAUGCUACUAAUACUUGCAAUAGACAGUUGCCAUUCCAUUUGUUAAUUUAAAACAACAAAACCUAAAGGGAAAAAAACAGACCAGCUGUGGAUUUGCAUGCCACGCUACAGUAUGUGCUACAGUGGUGUUGGUAUUAAAAAGGAAAUGCUGCUUUUUUUUUUUU